ACUGCAAUUACAAUCACAGAUAAAUAUUAUAAGAAUGGUAAGAAACGCUUCGAUUUUCUGUCCAUUGAAAGCAGUGUUGCCACUUUACCACAUGUAAAAAAAUCAGCUUCCCAGGUAUCAGACAAAAAAAAUCACAGUUUUUUGCGGUUUUCUCAGAAAAUGAAAAUUGGCGUUUAGGAGGUUUUGAAAUUCGAUGGUUCGUUUGAAGUUUCUCAUUUUAUUUUGAUUUCUAUGAUUUGUCUCCUCUCAUUAAUAAUUAAUCGGUUGUUCAUUUUUUUUCAUUAAAAGUACAUAAGUGAUGGUGACAAGUUGAUUAUUAAUCUAGUCAGUUUGCGUGGUGUUUUAACUCGAUUUCAUUGAUUAAUUCGGCUCAUCGGAGCUGCUUCAUUAUGAUCUUUCUUCUUAUCAGUGAAAGCACGCGUAUUUGUGGUAAAAUUAAUAAAUUUGCGAAUAUCCGAACACUAUCUUCGACUUAAAGAGCUCGACAAUAUAGCAUCGUUAACGAUUAAACAUUCCAACAUAUCUCAUUGCUGGUCUUAUCUGAGUGAAAUGUAAUACCUAAAGUGUUUAUGCUUCGUAACUUGAAUACGUACGUAGUUGUGGCUAAACAGAUGGUUCGAAUUUACAUGUUAAAAAUCAACUUGUAAUCGAACGAUUGCUACUAAUCGCAUAGGUUUUAGGCGAUUUCCAUGUACAAACGUUCCAUUACGGAUUUCUGAUUGAUUUAUGUGUUCUAAAUCAUGAUGUGUUUUCGUUGUCGUGUAAGAUCGAUACGAACCUUGAAUUGGAAUUGAUUUAAACAUGAUGCCGAACUAUGUGUAUACAAGAUAGAGAGGUUGUAAGUGCACCAUGCGUCGGUACUAUGGAAGCGAAAGAUGUGAACGGAGCAUCUAUACCGGCUACUGAAAUAAAAACCGAGAUAAAGACAGAAAUAAAAUCCGAAAUUAACGACGCUUCGCCUUCGAAUGGUAUAUUGAGCCCACCUACAACGCCUUCGACUACUACACCUUCUGAAAAUGAUUACGCUCCGAAUGGACCUAAUUCAGGGAGAUUUAAGUUUUUUAAAGAUGGCAAAGUUAUUCUCGAACUUUGGCAUCAUAAAAAUGGAGAAAGGAUGUUCUGGAUACCAGUGUCAAAAAAUUCCACAUUUUGGCCUCCAACUGGCCAUUGCACUCCUCGUCAAGAAAGUUCUACCUCAUUAAGUGUUUCUGAUGAUAAUUCAUCGAUUCAGUCCUCUCCGUGGCAGCGAGACCAUUGCUGGAAGCAAACGGUACCUAGAAAAAAUGUAAACCGUGGAUUAGAAUUCUCAUGGGUUGCCCGUAAACGUAAAAUGAGAUUUUCAUCGUUAACAAUUCGUCGUAAAAGGCGAAGACCUUACGAUGUGAUAAAAAUCGAAUCGGAUGAAUUGUUCAAGGAGGAUAGUUCGUCGCGUAAAUUCGGCUCGAAUAUAAGGAGAAAAUUAAUCGAUAUUAUUCAAAAAUUAUCAGAGCGUAGAAGUUACGAAAACGCGACCAGUUCGUGUCGCACAGAUCCCGGCAUCGUAUCGCCUCGCAAACGAAUUCUCAAAGAAUUCGAAAAAGUAUCAUUAGAAGAGAUGGGUAACACCAGUAAGAAGCAUCGAGCUCGAACUGUUGCUUCAAGCGCCUCGGCCAGCACUGUAAGCGUAUUUUCCGGGAGCGUUUCGAGUCCUGUUGCUAACGCAUCGGUCACUGCCAUUUCUAGUAAACCUGCAAAUAAUCACAGUAUUACUUCGAUCCUGUCGAGAGACGAGGAGCCGUCUUUUUUGCGCAAUUUAUUAAAGUCUCCGAACGAGUCGUCGUCCGAAUCGAAAAGCUCAUUUACCGCCGAAUCGCCAUCCAGCGCUGAUAUUCGAAUCGCUCCCUCUCGUCCCAGUCAUUGCUCUACUCCAAUAUCUGCCUCCCUUUCACCGCCGUAUCCUAAAAAUUUACACUGUCCUCAGCCCAUUCCUUCGUAUAUUCCGCCUACGUAUUUAUAUCAUUCUACUCAACCAUUUCUCACUUCGCCUCCGAUAUCCAAUCAUCCUCCUUAUUACAGCGCUUUCUCUUCGACAUAUCCCGAUCCUUCUGUGUGGUCAAUGCCUUCCGUAUCUAGUCUUCCUAGGCAAUCUGUUUAUCCGGCGGCCAACGUACCAUCGUAUCCACCGAUAAGCCUUUCACCGUACGUACCCGUUGCCCAUUCAUCUUUCCAAAGUUACUCAGUUACGGAAAAUGGAAGUGAUGCUCCAUUAAAUUUAUCAAAACAUUGAAAGCAAUAAGUCAGUGUAACAUUUUUAUAAUUGAACAGAAACUUCGUGCCUUUCUCUCUCUCUCUCUCUUUUUUUACAAAUCAUUUUUAAAUACGUUUUAAAAAAGGUAUAAUUAAUAAGAACAUUACGACAAAGUAUUUUUGUAUUUUAUUACUGUAAAUUGUUGCUAAAUGUUUCCUAUUGUUAUAUUUGUAAAUAUUUGAAAAUGUAUAUUCGCUUCGUCAAAUUUUACAUUAUUUAUUGUAUAGUAUUAUUUUUGUCUAACAGAAAAAAAUAGUUACUCUCGUGACGUACGUAUCGAUUUUUACUCGUAUUUAUUUUUUUUCCACAAAUUUUCAUAGCUGUGAUUUUUAAAAGUUUUUUUUUCUGACAACAUUUUUUUUUUCCAUUUUUUUAGAACAUUUUAUUUAAUUGUUUAAUUUAUUAAUUUUUUUUUACGUUUUACCCGUAUUUAUAAACAUUAUUAUCGACAAGUUUAUACGAAUGUAGUUCAUUCAUUAAGUAUAUUUACAAUAAUUUUAAUGUGUUCAACAUUAUUUGUAUCAUUUUACAGAGCUAGAACAUAGAUCUUGUACGUUUUUUAUCUUUUAAUAUUUUUGUUGUAAAUUAUUAUUCGAUUGUACUAACACAUUUUUUAAAACUAUACACUGACUGCUAAAAUACAUAAUGUUCAUAGAUUAACUUUUUAAUAAAAUAUUUUUUAUAAUGUA